AUGGGUAAUACGGACUCCAAAUUAGCUGCCUUGUACCGGGACCAGGUGGUCCGACUGGCUCGACCGGACGGGGAGACUACUUCGGUUGUUCCAUUGGUACAAGAAGAGACUGAAUUGAAAAAGUUAGUGGCAUUAUAUUUGAAUAAGGAGCGAGGUUGUGACUUGUUUAACCCAUUCUAUGUGGACUUUGUCUCUUCAGGCAAUACACUUACAAUGGAAUUGUUUAAUACGCUUGUUUCUCCAACGGAAUUGAGCAACAUUAUCACUGUGAAUGCUACGAAUUUUAUCAAUUUACUACGUUAUACAGCUUUACAGGUCGUUAUACUUUCCAAUUCACUAGAUGCGUCUAGUACGACGCUUUUGGAGGGGCAACUUGUUCAAUUGCUUGUAUGCAUACGUAUCUUGACCAAGAUGGUACCUGUCUACUUGCAAAGAUGCAAGUUGCAGGAUAUCUUUUGGACUCGAAAUAGCAAUCACAUCUUUGGUCUGUCCGAUGAGGAGCCCGCAGAGUUACCACCUCUAGGACUCUUGCUUGUUAGGGCCUUGGUCAAACUGCUAUUUAUCGAGGGGUUCACUAUUGCUUCCAGAGGUUCGCCCGGUUCGUUCACACAUUUGUUAUGGGAGAAUGGUGUGAGUACACAAGACACGACCUACCACCAUCAGUCACCUGUGAUAGAUUCGAACAGGUUAGAAAUUCUGAACUUAGUGCUGGCAAUGUGUUCCUCGGACUUGUACCAACCGCGAGAUUUCAUCCCUGAGCCAAGCAAAAAGAUUAACAGGUUCUUGUUUUGUCUUACGACUCUGACCCCUGAGUACGACCUCAUAUGUACCGUUGCAUCCAUUAUUAACCUCGUUUGCAGGUUCUGCUCCAAUUAUCAAGAAGAAACUACUAUCCCGUAUCAUGAUCUCGGUUAUAAGCAAAAUCAUCAACAACAUUUGCCCGCACUCAGACAUACUUUGGUCCUAUCAAGUUUGCAGUUGUUGAAUUUGAUGUGUUAUAACGACUGGAAUCGUGCCGAGACUUUUAAAUUCACGCUAAGUUUGAAAUUACAAUCUUCAAACGAUAUUGAGAACUUGUUGCCCAAUAUGGUGCUUUCUUACCUUACGACUUUCAACCGUGAGUUCGAUCUAAAGCUCAUUUUGACAUCGUUUGCGAAGAUUUUCAAGUUGCCCGUAGACUUGGCAAUCGAACAGGAAUCCAACCCUCUCAACUUCCUCUCGAGAAGACCGUCAUCCACAAAUCUAAAUGAUCAGACCAAUACGACCAACAACCAGGAGUCCACCAACGAGAAUAACGAUAGCACUACUUUGCCGCCUGUAUCACCUCUAUUGGUCGAAUGGCUAAUACUUUUCACCAGACUCUUACAAAUGAACAAAUGUUUUGAAAACUACGUUGCUGAUAAGAUCGCUAACAGAUUGAUAAUCUUCUCCGUUUAUUAUCUCAAUUUUUACAAUGACGUGCCAGAAAUUUCCACCGCGCUGAUACCAUUGUGCUCCAACUUGACGUUGAUGUUAUCUUCCAGAAAGCUCGUACUAUCCAAGUUGUUGGACAGGUUCACUCCGAACUAUUACACUAACAAGAUACCAAAUUUUUUCAAGCUAUCCACGGGGAAUAUCAAUAAUAUCACUUAUAGAGAUUUUACCCUCAUCCAUCUCUGCAAUAUGGCAAUUUCCGAUAUCAAGAAUAAUGUUAGACCUCGUCCUUGGUUAUUCGAGCUGAUUUAUAACAUCUUACCAAUACCUCUGAACUUAAAGGAUGAAGAAUUAGCACAAUUGUCUUCAAAGAGGCAAUCAAAGGCAUUGAAAUAUGGAGGAUUGAGUUACAACGCUUCUAUGACUCUCGUGCAACUCAUUUCCAAGAUGUCAAACAAGAAAUAUCUCACUACGUUUUGCGUCGGCAACUUAACAAAAUCAUAUCUGACCUGCCCCGGCUUCAAAUUGGACUUACUGGCACUGACCCUAAGAGCUGUACUCGUCUACAUCUACUUAUAUUUCGAUGAAGCGCUCAAUCUAGUGUUUGCCAUCACACGACAUUUGCGGGUUUUCAGUCAAGUCAGGGAUUCUAUUGAUGCAAUUUCAAAGGCACUCAGCACCACUGGUAUCGUUGAAGGAGUGGGUAAGAUUCAAAUGCAUGAUUACGUCGAGUACGUUUUCAAUCCACGGUUGUUACAGGAUGAUGUUGAAUUUGAUCAAAAUGAUUCGAUAAACAAUUCAAAUUCAAAUGAAUCCAGUGCUCAGAACCUUUUCUUUGAUAAGGAAAAGAAAAAGGAUGAUGAUGAUGACGAUAAUGAUGGAGGCGAGGAAGAAUCGACAUCUAUUGGAGAAUUAAGUGCCAAGGAACAAAGCCUCGAUGGUACAGAAAUUGAAAUUUCUAAAGUUCAAAGCAAUGUGAAGACCUGUGAAAUUUAUGAGCAAGCGGAUAUGUCCCAGAGCUCUAUAUUCUCAGAUAAAACAUUGUUCAAUUCGUUUAGGCCUCAAUUGCCUGUUGGUAUCACAUCAAAAUCAAAGGCAAAAUUGAGGGCUUCGGGUGCAUUUAGCAAAUCAUGGGUGGGCGCCGAUACGUUGAGAGCACUCAUUAGAGCCAUUAGAGUCAUACUACAUCAGCACCCUAGCAUUGCCACUAUCACCACCACGGACUAUUACACGCUGAUAGAUCAAAUUUCUCAAUCAAAAGAUAAGUUCAAGCAAACAAUAAUACAGGCCUUACCUGUCAGUGUUCGUGAAAUGAAAGAGGCAGACCCAAUCAAGAUAAAUCUCUCUGAAAGCAAUUUUGUUUACCAAAAAUGGCUCCAGAUCAUCAUUUGGUCGGAUAUCUUAAAUACACAUUCGGGCCCUUACUCCCUCUCUCCAGCUUUCACGGGUCUGAAUAGCGCAAAUAACGGCACUAAUUUAACAAAAGAGCCAACGAUGGAUUCAAUUACACCAACUAUGCCCAAUUUAGAGAGGUGGAAUUCAAACGGCUCCACACUGUCAAGAACUAAUAGUAAUAACAGCUCAUUAUUAAGCUAUUUUUCCACACAAAAUCAUGAAGCAAUACCCAACUCGCCAUUGGAACUAAAUAGCAGUCAUCAUGUUACGAGUCCUCAGUUGAACAACUCACGGAACAAAAAUGCGACCUCCGGUAACGGCCAUUCAUUCUUCAGGUUUUCAUGGACCGGCUUUAAUAAGAACGAAGAAUAUAGUCCCAUCAACGAAGAAGAAUGCUUCAAUGGGAAGCCAUCAUCGUCCGCUAACAAUCCUAGGCGAAACGUGUUCACUUUGGAUCCCGGUAUUCUAAAGCCAAACGCUUGGGCUGGUACCCAAGUUCGACUUUUCAACAUAAGGCGACAAGAAAAGGAAGAAUUUUCGUUGCUGGAUAUGACAUCGUCCUUACUGAAACGGUUUAAAUUUGCGAGUAACGCAAGUGUCAAUUCUUUGGACACCAUUACGCCAAACUCUACCCCCGCGCCAUCAAGACCUUAUACUCCCAGAGAUUCCUUCAGCAGCAAUCAUACUAUGUUUUCAACUCCAAAACAACUGUAG